ACCGCUUUGUAAUACGAUUUCCAACUUCACCAUAACCAAAAACGAACUGGCGCCACAACCUUAACUCCUGAAGCUACACCUUUCACCGAACGGCAUGUCGUUCUUCCGGCAACGACAACUCCCUCCGGUUCUUCUUCUCCUUCUCAUCCUCUCCUGUUUAUUCUCUCCCUCCACAUCAAACGAGCUCGACCAACUCUUGAAGCUCAAAGCCUCACUUGAAACUUCAAACCCGACUCUGUUCAGUUCUUGGAAGCAAAAACUUCCCACAUGCAACUUCACUGGGAUUGUCUGCAACUCAAAUGGUCUGGUCUCAGAAAUCAAUCUUUCUCAGCAAAACCUAUCUGGCUCUCUUCCUUUCGACGCGAUAUGCUCGCUUCCUGAACUAGAAAAGCUUUCUUUCGGUUCAAAUUUCCUACAUGGAAGCCUAACAGAGGAUUUGAGGAAGUGUACUCAUUUGCAUGAACUUGAUUUGGCCAAGAAUUCUUUCACCGGAAAAGUUCCUGACUUGGGGUCUUUGAGUCAGCUGAGGCUGUUGAGUUUAAAUGGAAGUGAGGUUUCUGGGCUUUUUCCAUGGAAGUCACUGGAGAAUCUGACGGAGUUGGCUUUUCUGAGCCUUGGUGAUAACAGAUUCGAUGAGAGUCCGAUUACAAUGGAGUUGUCAAAGCUUGACAAGCUUUACUGGCUUUACCUUUCAAACUGUAGCAUCACAGGUGAAAUCCCAGAGGGUAUUGGAAACCUGACUCUGCUUGAGAAUCUGGAGCUUUCUGAUAACAAUUUGGUUGGCGCAAUUCCUCAGGGUAUUACAAAUCUCAACAAGCUCUGGCAACUUGAGCUUUAUGGUAAUUCUCUGAUUGGGAAAAUCCCAGUUGGGUUUGGCAACCUCACAAGCCUCAGGAACUUUGAUGCUUCGAGUAAUAAGCUUGAGGGUGAUCUCUCUGAGCUCAAGUCCAUUACAGGGCUUGUGUCUCUGCAACUGUUCGAGAAUCAAUUAGUGGGCAAAGUUCCGGAGGAGUUCGGAGAGUUCAAGAACCUUGUUCAGCUCUCGCUUUACAUGAACAAGCUCACUGGCUCUCUUCCUCAGAAGCUUGGUUCUUGGUCUGGCAUGGAGUUCAUUGAUGUUUCAGAGAACUAUUUGACUGGUCCAAUACCCCCUGGGAUGUGCAAGAAUGAGAAAAUGAUUAGUUUUCUUCUGCUGCAGAACAAUUUCACAGGUGGGAUUCCUGAAUCCUAUGCAGAUUGCAAGUCUUUGGUUCGGUUACGUGUGAAUAACAAUUCGCUUUCUGGUACUGUCCCUGUUGGAAUUUGGAGCUUGCCAAAUGUUGCUAUCAUUGAUCUCUCUAUGAAUCAGUUUGAAGGUCCUCUGGCUUCAGAUAUUGGGAAUUCGAGUAUUCAAUAUCUAAUUCUCAGAAACAACAAAUUGACUGGACAAGUUUCACUAGGGAUUUGCAAUCAGAGUCAUCUUCGUUAUCUCGACUUGUCAAGCAACAAGUUCAGUGGCAUGUUACCUCAUUGUUUCGGAAACUUUAGUGAUGCUCUGGAACAUCUAAAUCUUGGAAACAACUCAUUUCAUGGCAUUCUUCCGGAAACAUUCACGAACAGAGGCAGCAGUCUGAGCAUGUUUGAUGUUAGUCAUAACCACUUGGAGGGGCAAUUACCAAGGUCUCUGGCGAAUUGUGCAACACUCGAGUUUCUUGUUCUGUCAAACAACCAAUUCGUUGAUGUUUUCCCCUUCUGGUUGGGAAGUCUUCAGAAGUUGAAAAUAUUGGCAAUGAGUCAUAAUGGGUUCUAUGGUGCGAUUGAGCCGACAAAGAAGAAUAUUCAGUUUCCCCAGUUGCAGAUUCUUGAUAUGUCUUACAAUAGAUUUAGAGGCAAGUUUCCAGCUGAAUACAUAUUCUUUGAAUAUGCCAGAAGUGGUAUCUCUCUCACACGUAAGAGGAGUUAUUAUGAUAGUUAUAGCUAUUACUUAUUGUGUUCUAUCACAAUAACAAACAAGGGCAGUGAGAUGCACUAUCCAUUGAUUCAAGAGGAUUUCGUAGCCAUCCAUAUCUCGAGCAACAGAUUUGAAGGGAACAUUCCUGAAUUCAUUGGGAAACUCAAAGAGCUUCGCUUGCUGAAUAUUUCCAAUAACUCUUUCACAGGCCGCAUCCCAUUAUCGUUUGGCAAUUUGACACUACUUGAAUCAUUGGAUCUUUCGCAGAACCAACUCUCAGGACAGAUUCCUCAGCAAUUCUCACAGCUUUCGUUCUUGGAAAAGUUCAAUGUCACCCGCAAUAAUCUCACUGGUCAUAUACCUGGUGGAAAUCAAUUCUCAACAUUUGACAUCACUUCAUACGAACGAGGGAAAUUCCGGAUUAUGUGGAGAUCCAUUGCCAAAGAAAUGUGAAAAUCCUGAGGGGAUUCAGCUUCCACCUUCAAUAUCAGAUCCUGAGGGCUUUGAAAUUGAAGUGGACUGGAAAUUUGCAUUGGCAGGUUUAGGGAGUGGGUUGGUGGUGGGAGUAGUUCUAGCAGAUGUUGCAAUCGCAAGGUGGGACGAGCAGUUCAUCGAGACUGUUGGAAUGCUGACCAAGCUUGUGAGAAGGAUGAGAAGGUGCAGAAGAUGAGUGAUCAGUCGUACUAUCUUGCAUUUUAAUUAUCAUUGCCUUGUAUACUUGUGUUAUUUAAAUUUAUGUA